GUUAUCUCCUCUGAUCCUGAUUACCUUAAGAGCCUUCUGAACUAUAACCUUCCUACUGAAGUUGCUGCUGACCUUAUUAAACCUAUCACCAAUGAAGAGAUCAAGUUAACUGUUCUACUGCCAAAUAUUAUUUCACUUAACCAAACAGCUUUUGUGAAAGGAAGAUCUAUCAUUGACAACACCUUGCUGGCUCAAGAAUUAGUGAAAGAUUAUGGUAGGAAAAUUAUUUCUCCAAGAUGUGCUCUUAAGAUUGACCUUCAAAAAGCCUUUGACUCUCUUCAUUGGGAUUUCUUAUUAUCUAUUCUUCAUGCUAUUGGAUUGCCAUUUAUCUUCAUAAAGUGGACUGAAGCUUGUUUCAGAGAAGCUAGAUACUCCAUUUCUUUUAAUGGAAGUUUGAUAGGUUACUUUAAAGGUCAGAGAGAUGACCUUCUAAUUUUCUAUAAAGGCAAUAUGGAAUCUAUUGUUGGAGUCAUGACUAUGCUUAAUCACUUUUAUGAUUUGUCUGGCCUUAAGCUAAAUGCAAUUUAUCCUUCCCUAAAAAAGUUGUUAAACGUCUUGAACAAUUGGAAAGGUUCUGAUAUAGCAGCUUCAGUUGCAAGAAACAGUUGGGACAAAAUCUGUUGUCCUAAAUCGGAAGGUGGACUAGGGUUAAAAAAUAUUAGCUCUUGGAACAAAACUUGCAUGGUUCAUCUAAUCCGAAAAUUACUUGUUGGUCAGAGAUCUCUUUGGGUAGCAUGGAUUCACUGUUAUGUCAUUAAAAGUAAAAACUUCAAUGAGAUUAAUGAAUGUCCAUCUUAUAGCUGGUGUUUUAGGAAACUUAUCAGACUAAGGAGUGAAGCUUCGCCCCUUCUUCUUAAUUCUGGUUUAAAGAGGACAAGGGAUUUAUGUGAGGAACUGAGAGUUCACAAAACUAAGGUUCUUUGGCACAGAAUAGUCUGGUUCCCUCUCCAUAUACCUAAACUCAAUAUUAUCUCUUGGAUGGCCAUUCUUGACAGACUUCCAACACGGAAUAGGCUUAUUAAAAUGGGGAUUGCUUCUGAUGAGUUAUGUAUCUUAUGUAAUGAGAUUCCUGAAAACAGAAACCAUCUGUUUGUGCACUGUACUUAUGCUACUUCACUGUGGAACACUAUCUUGAGUCUUACUUCUUUGAGUAAUAUACACAACACUUGGGAAUCCAGGAUUAAUUGGGUUGUUUUGGAAUGGAAGGGUAAAUCCCUUCUUAUCAUCAUUUUGAAAUUAGCAUGGACUGCUUUUAUCUAUUCGGUUUAG